AUGGUACCCAUGGUGCUUCCCCAGUUCCGCCCGAUGCGAUACGUAGGAUCCCUGCUGCGAAGGACUUUCUCCACCAAUAUUGGUGAAAACCGGGCUGAGAAAGGUUUGGUGCUGGGACUGUACGAACAAGAGAUCGAUUCGGAUGAACCUCGGCUUACUCCAGUGGCCGGGCAUUUUGAUGCCAAAACCGAAGGUCAGCUGCAGAACUUGAUCAAGGAGUCCAAUUUGAAAGGUAAAAUUGGAACGUGCAAAGUUUUUAACAACAUUGAUCCGGAUUUUGGGUCGGUUGCUGUUGUCGGACUCGGGCUUGAAGGUCUUGGGUACAAUGAAUUGGAGCAGCUGGAUGAAGGCCUAGAAAAUAUUCGCAUUGCAGCCGGAGUAGGAGCCCAUUGUUUGGCUAAAAAUGGCUGCUCAAGAAUUUGGGUUGACCCGAUGCAAGCAGCUGAACAGGCAGCGGAAGGAAGUGGUUUGUCCACAUGGAAGUAUCAGGCAAAUAAAAUGAAGCAAGAGCGGGUCCCGAUCCCGAAAUUAGAGCUGUUCGAUUCACCAGAUGGAGAUGCCUGGACCAGAGGUCUAUUUAAAGCGGAUGCUCAAAAUUUGGCCAGAAGCCUUUCGGAUGCGCCUGCGAACCAGAUAACUCCGACUGCAUUCGCACAAGCUGCGGUUGAUGCGUUGUGUCCUUGUGGAGUGAGCACCGAAGUUCGAAAUAUGGAUUGGAUUGAGUCCAAAAGCAUGGGAACAUUCCUUGCAGUUGCUAAAAGUUCCUGCGAACCACCGGUCUUCCUGGAAAUAAGCUAUUGCGGUGAGCAUGAUACAGGGCGGCCGAUUAUGAUGGUCGGUAAGGGCAUAACUUUCAACAGUGGCGGACUGUGCCUGAAGGAAUGUGACGGUAUGUCACAGUUUCGGGCAAGCAUGGCAGGAGCUGCAACCAUAGUGGCCACGAUUCGAGCAGCGGCUGCCUUAUCACUCCCCGUUAAUCUGGUUGGGUUGAUCCCUCUGUGCGAAAAUAUGCCGUCGGGAAUGGCAUUUAAACCGGGAGAUGUUAUUACGACACUCAAUGGAAAAACAGUUGCAAUUCACGACACCAACAACGCUGGUCGACUGAUCAUGGCAGACACCUUCAUCUAUGGCCAAGCUACGUUCAAACCGAAGGUCGUUUUGGACGUGGCUACUUUGACGCACGGAGUUACACAUGCUUUGGGUGGUGCUGCUAGUGGUGUCUUUGCCAAUUCUGACUUUUUGUGGAAGCAAAUGCAGAAAGCAGGAGCCAUCACUGGGGAUCGGGUUUGGAGGAUGCCUUUGUGGAAGUAUUUCACGCAUAAAGUUACAAAUUACAGCAACGUUGACAUAAGUAACACAGGUCAGGGUAAAGGCAGCUCGUGUCUAGGGGCCGCGUUCUUAAAGGAGUUUGUUCCCUGUGUCGAUUGGAUUCAUCUUGACAUCACUGGAGUGGGUAUGCUCAAGAAAGGUGUUGGCAUUCCUUACCUAACGGAGAACCGCAUGACCGGUCGGCCGACCCGAACGCUGGUUCAGUUCUUGUAUCAGAUGGCGUGCCCAGAUGAGCAGGUCAAAAGUCUAAAGGAAAAGGGCGUUGGUUCUCAAUAAGCAAUUUUUUUGGUGCCUAAAUUUCACGCAGUAGUGUAAGUGGUGGAUGGGAAAUUUUCUUCCCUUUCACCGAUAAUUUAUUUUUAUCAUCUGAAUUUUAAUAAAUUCGUAAAUUGCA